GCCGGGGGCCGCGGAGGCAGCGCCCACUCCCGCCUCGCCCCUCUGGCCGCCGGGAAGAAGCGAGGCGAGGCCGCCGCCGCCGCCGCGCCCGCCAUGUGGAAGCUCAACAAGAGCAGCAAAGUUCUCCUGGACGACUCCCCCGAGGAGGAGGAGAGCCGCCCCCGCGGGCCGCCGCCCGCCGCCGCCUUCCCGGCCCCCCAGAAUAAAGACCAGCUUCUUCAUGAUGAAGUUUCAUCUUCAGUGUCACAGCUUGCAACAAAGGUUCAAGGUGCAAGUUUCCGGGGUUGGAAGGAAGUGACAUCUAUGUUCAAUAAAGAUGAUGAACAGCAAUUGUUGGCAGGAUGCAAGUCUCCAAAAUCCAAAGGAACAAACCUAAAAUUAAAGGACGAGAUGAAGUCAGAAAAGAAGCCAGGUUUUUGGGACAGUUUGGUGAUAAAACAGAAUGUUCAAUCUAGGAAACCAGAUGAGAUUGAGGGAUGGGAACCACCACAGAUCACUGCUGCUGACUCUACCAGUGAUGCAGCAAAUACUUUAAGUGACUGUACAGCCUGGUCAGGCUGGGAAGAUGAAACCAAAGGCUCCACAAAAUAUACAAACCUGGCCAGCUCAGGAAACAGUUCCAGGUGGAGUAUCAGAUCAGCUGGAAAGCUGGUUAGUAUUAGACGGCAGAGCAAAGGUAACCUGACUGACAACUGGGAAGAACUAGAAUGAUACUGGUAAUGUGAAAUACUUUAUAAAUAAGAAAAAGGUUCCAUGAUUUACUUGUACGUUUAAACCAAAAUCAAAUCUGCUCAAUAUUGCACCUUUAUACAGUACUUUGUUUUAUUCAGAUUGUUAAAAAUUUUUGCUCACCUGAUAGUGAAUUUUCUUAUUACAUUGUUAAAUAUCUGUUUUCCACACUGAAAAAAGUAGAGAAUCUAUUUUGUGCCUAUAUUUCACAUUCAGAAUCUGCAGUACGUUGGAUUGUUGGUUUUACCAAAAAAAUGUAAUUCCUUAGUGAAUGUAUACACUGGUUGUAAAUUUGACUGCCUUAUGUAGGAACUUCCACUAGCUUGAGGUCCUGGGUUUUUCUUCUGGUAUUUGAGGGUCACUCAAAAUUUUAGUUUUGAUGCUGUCCCUUUUUUAAUAAGAAUACUGAUCUGUAGCUUGCAGGAAGAAUGCUUAUACUUAGUACACUGUUUUCCAAAUCUUCAGCCUCAGCAUAUGCUUCAGCUUGUGCACACAAGAUGCUCAACUGCCAGAAUGUGCUCUACUGUCUACAAAAUGAGGAACUACUACUCUAAUGUAAUUUUUUCCAUCACAGCAACUUCACCAAGAUUCAGGUCAAACGGGUCUUCCAAAGUUUUUUUUUAUACUGAACUUUGUUCGACAUAGCUAAAAUUUUCAGUUUUUAAGAGACAUGUCAUGCCAAAAAUUAAAAUGUAAAUGUAAAUAAUUACUGAAAAUCUGGAAAGCAGCAGUGAGUAAGGAGCAUGAAACAUCUCUGUAUUCAAAAUCUGUAGCCCUGAAUCUAGGGGUAUGUUACUUCUUAUGGAAGGGUGUAUGUUCUCAUUUUUACAAAAGCUGAUCCUAGUUCAAUAAAUGCUUGGCUUUUCUUUUCUGUAAGCGGUGAUUGAAUUAUACUCUGGCAUAUUCAGGAUAACUGAGCCAUUGCAAGUAUGUGCAUGCACAUGACUUCUGAAGCAUUUUUAUUAUAAAGCUCUAUCUUAUUAGCUACUGAUAUUUUCAUUUUUGGUAAAAGGGGGCAAAGUGUUGAACUUGAAAUUUGAAAUGUAUAUAGAAUACUAAAAGUGCCUCUUUCUAGCAUAUUGUCUCUCACUAGCAGGGUGGCCAAUGUCAGAUCUAAAACCAGUUUCCAUUUUGUUUAUAUGACCUAUAUAAGUACUACUUUAACAUUCAUGGGGGAAGAUCAAUCAUUAAAAGAUGAACACUAGGACUUUUCUCACCUGAUUGUUAAACCGGUGUAAUGGAACUGAAACUUGCUGACUGCUUAACAAUAUGGCUAGUACAACAGGAAGAUCAAAUUAGCAUUUCAGACAAAAAUCAACAUUUUUACAAGAAAGCAUAUACCUUUAUAUGUAGUGGACAUCUUGUAAACAUAUUUUUACCAGAAGAUUACGCUAACAAAAAGGGAUGCAUGCAGUUUUCUUCUAAGCCUGGAGCUUGUUUCUGUUACUGCCACAUUACUCCUUUCUUAGCUCUCGCUUUCUCCUCUCUUCAGAUUCAUGUAUCAUUUGGCUUACAGUUUCUACAUAGCUGUUUUUUGGAGUUUCCUUUCUAGAUGUGCCUGGAUGGAAACUGUAGCAAAGUGAGGGGUUUUGUUGGAUUUUUUUUUGUUGUUGUUGUUUUUUGUUUUUUCCUGUUUUAGUAGGAUGUUAAAAGACAUUGUUUUUAAAUUAUAUAAAAGAUCACCAGUGUUUUGUGGUAUAAAACAAGAUUUUGAAGCUGACAACUUUUAUAAAAUCGGCAUUACAUUAUUUUAAAAAUACAUUACUAGAGGAGAAAGGGUUAGCAUUUAUAUUGCAUCACUUAGUCUGCCAGUAAAACUCCAUGUUUGCCUUUGGUCAGUAUGUAUGCUGAGGUUCUUUAUAGGAAAGAAUUAUUAUUCUUGAGUGAGGUAUGCUGCAUUUUAUAGCUUAUGGAAUACCCUCUAAGGCAGGUGUAGAGUUUGGUUGUUGGAAAAAGAUCUAAUAGCAACCCUCAGUAUUUUACACUCAAAGAUAGGCUGAGAACUUUUAAUUUUCCUCUUGAAGUAACUAUAUAUAUACUGUGACCAGUAAAGGUUUUGCCUUGCACAUUAUACUGUCAAGUGCCUGUUUCUCACCUUGAUGAUGUGUUUGAUGCACAGCUUAACUGCAAAAUGUUACAAUUUGUUUUUAAAUUUAUGAUAAAGAAUAUGCUUACAAAGCUGAAGCCUAUUAUAAAACAAAAUGGCAUCCAAGUGGGAAAUUGGGAUGUGUAUACUUAAGGUCUGACUCUUAGCGAUGUAAGUUUUGGUGUGCUUUUUAAGUGAUAUUUUUCUCAGAAAUAACUGUUUUAAGGAUGAACAUUAUUAAAUUUAAUAUAAUUUAUUGUUUUGGUAAUGUAUUUGUCUUUUGAGAACUCACUGGUGUGAGCUUUCUCUUACAUUCAUAAACCUAUUUGUCUGAAUUUUCAGAAUGGGGUCUUCUUUUCUUUUACCUUCUUUAAAUGCUUAAUAACAUUAAACAUAUAUGGGCUGAAACUAUACACAACUCCAUAUGUGGAAUAAAUGUAAAGUAUGUCCCUUAAUAUUUGUUUUGAAAUUGCAUUUCAAUCUUUGUGAAAUGGUUUAGAAGAAGAUAGCAUUAAGAUUGUAUAAUAAGAUUGCACAAAAUAAAGUAUAGUUUAUAUUGCUUUCUCGUAGCCAAUCUGCAUGAUUGUUGGUGUGGUUUUAACGGGAAUUAAAAGCUUCAUGUGGCUGUAACUAGUCACUUAACUCUAAGAAAAAUUCUCCCUGGGUAUUUUUAUUUAUUAGCCUCAUUUGCAAAAAGAAAAAAUAGUAUUUUCCAUAUGAAUAAAGACUUAGUUUGAACUGAAA